CAGUUUGAAUCAUGGGGUACACAAACUACGUAAAAGCCUAUGUCACCUAUGGCUUUUAUUUGUAUGCAGCACUGAUAGUUGCUAUUGCUAUUGGUUACACCAUAACUGACCAAGGAGAGCGUAUUGACAUAGGAUGGUUCCUCGAAGGAAUAUCUCCAUACAUGUGGGCCUCCGUGGGCAUUGGUCUGGUGGUUUCACUCUCUGUAGUAGGAGCUGCUGUUGGCAUCCACACAACAGGAGUGAGCAUCAUAGGAGGCGGUGUUCGAGCUCCUCGCAUCAAGACCAAGAACUUGGUCUCUGUCAUCUUCUGUGAGGCUGUGGCUAUCUACGGUCUUAUCAUUGCUAUUAUCCUGGCUGGAGUUCUUGGCGAAUACCCUGCUGUAGUGGACCAGGCUACCUAUGAGACGUUCAAGAACAACCUGUUCUCAUCUUACCUGAUGUUCGGGUGCGGCAUCACUGUGGGUUUGACUAACCUCUUCUGCGGCCUAUCCGUGGGCAUGGUGGGCAGCUCUGCCGCCCUGGCCGAUGCUGCUGACCCCUCACUCUUUGUCAGGAUCCUCAUUGUCGAAAUUUUCGGCAGUGCCAUCGGUCUUUUUGGCCUCAUCGUUGGCGUACUUCAGGUGUCCAAAGCCAAGAUGGGCGACUCCUCGUAAGAAGCGACACUAUCGAUGCGGCGAGCAGCCACAAAACUCGUGCAUAACAUCGUGUUUUAAAGUAACGAAUCAUGAUACAUUUGAGAAUAGCUACAUGCAGUAGCAAAGCAUCAGUCAUGCUCAGUGCACGGUAUUAAGGUAACUAUCCUCCUCUAAUCGUACUUUUUUUUUGCUCUGUGACUGGUUGCCAAUUUUAGCGUCAGUGGAGCUCGGAAUUUCUUGCGAUGUGCUCGCACACUAAAGCGCAUCACCAGUCGAAAUUAACUCUCCAAUUCCAAUCUUUGGUCAUUGUUGCUGCUGCGUUUGGCGGCUCUUGAAGCUUGCACAAGUAUAAAGACAUUCCGCAAUUGUGUAGCCCUUAAUAUUUGUUAGCUAUCACUGUAGUGAAUAUUUAAAUCAGUGUUGGGAAGUUGCGCCCAUCGCGUCUAACGCUGCAUCAGCCCUUAAUCGGGCAGAGUCAAGCAAAUUCAGAAAAGCAGUUUAUUGAAGUGCCCAAUCGCGGUUGAUGUAGUUAAUUCCAAGAUGAUUGUAUUGAUAUAUUUAACUUAUUGAAUAUUAUUGCCCGAAUGGAAGUGACGCCUUUCAGGCUAGAAAGAUCCCUUAUAACUUAGCUCCUAGUUGUUCUUCCUUGGUGAUAUCUCGUCAUUUACUCGUGUACAUGCCUAUGGUUAGCUUAGUUCGGUGAAUUGUAUGAUCAUUUAUUUAUCCCGUAUGAGUUGUGUAUAUUAAAUUAGUCUCGAUGAA